UUAUAAAAAAAAAAAAAGCUCCAAGUUCUGUCUCCAAUGGCAAGAGCUACUGCAACUACAACAACACCAUUAAGCAAUCUCACGCGCCCUUCGCACACCAAGCUUUGCCACUUCUCUGCAAACAACGUUCCCUUUUCUAUCCAACCCUUUCACUCCAGAUUCUACCACAACCACCGUUUAAAGCCCAUAAUCACCAAUUGCGAUGGCAAGCUGAAUAGCUCAGGUGGGGGAGAGGCAUAUGCGAUGGAUGAAGCGGGUUUUGACGAGUACGAUGGAGUUGAAGAGGAAAGCGAUGACGAGGAUGAUGCAGAGAGUAGCGUGGAUUUGUUGAUCAGAUUCUUGCAGAGCAUGUUUAAGAAGGUGUCUAAGCGGGCAAAGAAGGCAUCUCGCUCUGUUUUGCCCACAGUGAUAUCGCCCCAGCUCGUUUCUUUUGCCGUUGAUGGGACUCUGCUACUUGCUUCACUUUCUGUUGUCAAAGCACUUCUUGAGGUCAUCUGCACUCUUGGAGGUACUGUAUUUGCUGCAAUUCUGGUCCUGCGUGUGAUUUGGGCAGCAGUUUCUUACUUCCAGUCAAGUGGGAAUAGCUUCAAUCAAGGGGGGAAUUCCUUUGGUGCUGUUGCCUAAACCUCUCUUCAACUUUUAACAAAAGAUGGCUUAUGUGAAUUUGUAGUCCCAAUGAUGAAAAUGAGAUUUGAACAUAUGAUCUUGUAUAAAUUAUUUAAAUUUCUUAUCACUAACCCGAUGGCAUAUUCAAGAUUAGUUUGAUGGUAGCUUGUGUUAAGAGUAAUUAGCUUGAUAGAAAUAAGCUCUGUAAAUGAGCACUUACACACUAUUGCUGUAUCUUUUUAAAUCAAUUAAUCAUAUUGAGUUACUUCUAUAGUA